AUGUUUAGAUUUUAUCAGUUGAUUAUAGGGAUAUUAUUAAUUUUUUAUUUUCUUGAGAAAUAUAAUAUUACUUUUUGUAAAGAUUGUGCAGACCCACAUAAUUGUAAACAUGAUUGUUACGUAUUAGAAGAUAAUAAACAAUUAUGUUUAUGUAAUGAUAAUGAAGGAGGAAUUGAUUGUAAAGAAAAAUGGAAUGUUUGUGAAAAGGAUUGUAAUAUAUACGGCAUGAAUGAAUCAUGCUCUAUGGCUUUAUGUAAGACAGGAAAAUGUGUACCUACGAAUGAUAAACCAUACUAUAAAUGCGAGUGUGGAGAUUUUUUCAAAGGAAAAAAUUGCGAAAUUGAAAAUAACCCUUGCUCGUUUCCUGAAACAAAUCCUUGUUUAAAUGGAACUUGCAUAUUUAUUAUAAAAUUGAACAGAAUUAUUUGCAAAUGUAAUAAUGGAUGGACACAAAAAAAUAUGCAAAGUGCAACCAUAUUAAGUUGGGGAAACGAAAAGGUGGAAGUUCCUCCACCAUGUGACC